UCAUUUCUACCCCUCUCAGAGUUUGUUUACAAAAGCAGACGGUCUCUCUUUUGCUAAUUCUGCCCUGGAUCUGCUGUUUUUACCCUGUUUGUUUGUUUUUUUAACAAGGAGUGGUCUAACCGCAGCCGGACAGUUUAACAAGCACACACACACAAACACUAGAAAUAAAUAAAUACAGAAAUAUACAAACCACGACUGUGUCAACGUGCCCCCUAUAUUUAGAAAACGAAACCGAUCCUUAAAAACCCCAGCACGAUGGCGUUUCAAAUGUCCGGCGUGCUUUCUCGCAGCUAUGCCUGCGGUCUGCGCCUCAGCCUGUCGCUCCAGGACGGAACCAGAGCUGCAACCGGUCCCAGAAACGGGUUCCGGUUCGGUUCGGGUACUGGGUUACCCCAGAUCCGCAAAGCUGUCCGCUUCAGGGAGCGAGCUACGCCGUUGACACCCGCAUCUGGAGUCGGGGCGAGGAUUAUUAACCAACCGCCUUUUUCUUGCAAAACUGUUUAUAACAAUCAUCACAGGUCGACUGCACGGGUUUUUAAUUCUCCAUUCGCUGUGUUUAAUAACGCGGUCCGAGUUCCCGCUCCGUUGAUUUUUGGUAGUUCCAGUGCGCGUCGUGUCGUGUUCUGGGCAGGGGUUUUGGGUCUGACCGUGCUGGGCGGUACCGCCGCAUCCCUUCACAGGUCCGCGGUUGUGGCAAUGGCCCCGAAGCUAACCCCCGUCGACUUGGAUUCGCCAGCUUCAGACUGGAAGGAGGCGAAACGAUUCCUGGAGUCUCUCUCUCCUGCGGAGCGGCGCCGGUUCUAUCGGAGUUCGGACUUCAUCCCUCUGGAAUCUAUCCUGCCAUGGACGAGCCAAUCAGCAGAUCUCGCGGGGUCCCGCGGCGAGUUCAGGGGAGACCCCGCCCUCGACGGCAAGAUCUCGCUGUUCCGCGGUGACAUCACCAGACUGGAGGUGCACGCUGUCGUCAACGCAGGUGGGGUAGGCAACACGCAACACGCAACACGCAGCACGCAACGCGCUACACGCAACGCGCAACACAGAGCUGGGGUCGAGUCCUAUUGUAACUGUCCGACUCGGAGCUAACUGCAGUUGCAAAGUCACAGGAGUUGAAGUUCAAUCUUCACACUCACCUGUAUUGGUUAAACUGCGUUGCCAUCCCUCUGUGACACGCCAGGGGGCAGCAGAGUCCACAAAGUGACAGUGAGGGAGACAGCCCUGUGAGGCUACUGGUGGAGAGAGAGGGAUGGAGGGAGGGAGGAGAAGAAGACAAGAGAGAGGAGAGAGAGAGAGAGA